GGGAGGUGUUUCCUCUAAAAGACUUGGCAUCAGUAGCGAGUCCGCAGCAGCACAUGAGCUCAUGUGCACACAGCUCUCGACUGGUGCGCGGUCUCUGGAUAUCUUCGACUCUCCUCUUCGAACAGCGAGGCUCUUCAUCCUUGGAGUACCAGCUCUCCGCAGCAACCCGAGACGAUGGGGGACACGCAGUCUGCACCGCGGGACGCUGAGCAGGAUGCUGAGAGAGAUACGGAUAGUGGUCGGGCUCAGGAUAGCGGAGACUGCAACGUGGAAGACAAGCUUCCCGAAAAUGAUACACAGAUCUCCGGUCUGCAUGGGAAAUCAGAUGGCCCACUAGCAGAACUAAACGAUCACCUCGAAGAUGAGUUCAUUGAUGACCUCUGUGACACAGAAUCACCCCUGGUUUCUGCAAGAGAAGAUGUUUCCGAUACAUUUGCGACGGUGGACGACAAGGAAGCACUGUUAGAGGACGUGGAGAUCAACGAUGUGACAGAUUCUGAUCCCGAAGCCGAUGAGGCAUCGCUAAACGAUCAAGAGGAUAAGAUGAACGAAAUCAAUAAAGGCUUCAGGAGAUUCUUCAGCAACAUCAGUCUGAAAUUAACCCUCAAGCAGGGCCCAGAUGAUAAACCAGCUGAGAUAGCUUCUGAUGUUCUCCCCAACCAAGAGGUGGCGCCGUGCAUCCCGGGGGACACCUGCGACGGGGCAAACGAAAGCACGAGCGAGACUUGCGAGAACAAUGGCGAUCCUCACACGGCACAGGACUCGGCUGACAAUGAAUCCACGACCUGCCCCACGGUGACGGACAUGACAUCUGAGGAGAACAUCCAGGAGGACGUUGAACACAAAACCCCCGCGGCAACGGAGGUGGAUCAGGAAGCUACAGAAGGGAUUUUGGCCCAAGCCGACACAGAGGGUGUCAGGUCAGAAGUAGAGCCUGGAGGAUCAUGUCCACAGGACUCUGCUGAAGAGGAGGGGCUGUCUCCCAUUAAGGUAUUCUUUACAACAGGAAUCUUUUCUAGUCUACGGAAAAAGAAGAAACCAGCCGAAGAGGAAAGCCUAAAAAACAAGACGAAUCAGAAAGAAUCGGUAGACAUGGAUAGAGAGGAACCGGGCGGGAUAGAAGGAAUUGGAAAAGACUUGGCACAACAUGAGCUUUUCCCGAAGGCUGAAAGAGCUGUGGUUGAGGAAAAGCAGAAAACAAAAAAUGGAAAUGAGGAGGUCAUGCGCGAAUCAGCCCCGACAAAUAAUGAUCAUGGAACUGGAGAAAACCUUGUUAAUGCCAAUGAUGAACUGCUCAGUUCUGAAGAGAAGGUCAAAUUUCCAAGUAGCUCACUACAACGUCUGCUUUCUGGGGCUAACUUGAAGAAGGUCUCCACAAAGCAACAAGGGAGGAAGAAAUCAUCAGACUCCGUUGAGCGCGUUACCUGCCCUUUGCAAUCGUCAGUAGAGUCAACCGAGAGUACAACAGACGAAAGCCCAAAAGUGGCUCCAGAAGAGGUGAAAAAGUUGGAGGAAAGUGCCUGGGAGACGUUGAAAAGACUUCUUACUCCUAAGAAGUUCCAGAAAAACUCCACUCUGAGUAACGAGGAGGUCAUUGUAUCAAGCAAACCGGAGGAACCAAAGCUAAGUGAGGGAGAAGAAAUAGAAGAUGGGAACACAGAGGAAAGCAGGAAGAGGAAAGAUUCAAUUGUUUCAUGGGACUCACUCUUGUGUGGUUCUGGAAACAGAAGGAGCAGAAAAAGUUCAAGUGCUGAUGAACAGAAAGCUAGAACUGAGGGAGAUGAUAACAGAGCAGCAGCUGAAUCAAGACAUGCUACAGACCUGGACAGUUCACAUGAGAUGGAGGAUAACCUAGCCUCUUCCCCAGAGCAUGGAAGAAGUCCCUCAGACGACGAAGGGUCAACAUGGAAAUCAUUAAAACGUCUGGUCACACCAAAACGGAAAUCUAGAGAUGGAGAGGAAACCAAGGAGCACACCUCAGAUAGUGAAAUCAUCCAGGACGAAUCAUCCUUUUCAUUAAAGAAAUUUCUCCCUGGACGAAGGAAGAGGAGACCAUAUGAAAAGCAAGAGGAAGUACCUUCCGAUAAGCCUGAAAGAGAAGAACAUUCAGACGAGGAAGACUCAGAUACACCUGCAAUUAUUCCUUUGUCCGAAUUUGACAUACCUGUAACAGAGAGUCAAGGAAAAAUACAGGCAAUGCUAGAAAGUCAAACAGCUGAAGCUGAAGCCCCAAAAGAACAAGAGGAGCUCACUGGUCAGACAACAGAUGCAGUAGUUAUGUGUGACAGCACACCAGCCUUGCCUAAAGGGACUAAGGACACUGAAAAUGCUUUAGAAAAACUGACAUCUACAAGCCCUGCUUCCAUGGAAGAAGUGGAAGAUCUGUCAGAGAUUGUCAGUAAGCUUCAACUGCUCAGUGACAUCCCGGAGGAAGGUCUAAUCGAGGAGAGCAUAGCCACGCCUGCCUCAUUUGCUGACGAUGCAGCAAGAGACGACACAAUUGCAGAUGUAAUAGAGUUCGCAUCUGAGGCUGUUACUGCACCAGAGCCCAUAGAUAUAACAGUAGAAGAUGAAACAGAGAUGGUUUCAGCAGUAUCACAGUUGACAGACUCUUCAAAAACAUCUGGCAACACAACACCAGUGCCAGCGGACUAUGACGUCAAAGAAACAGACAACCUCCUCCGUCAAGUUGUGGAAUCCAUUUCUGCAACCCAGAAUGACGCCGUAGAGAGCACAAGUGACCAGUAUCCCGAAAGAAUUGCUGGUUCUGUCCCUUCUCACAAAUUGGAGUCAUCCUUCUCAAAAGAACUCACAAUUUUGACAACACACCAAACUUCCAACGCUACUUUGCUAUGUACUGGUUUUACUGUUGAAGCAUUUGAUGCAAUUGACAGAGUUGCAGAGGCAGAGUGCUUUUCAGACAUGACAGAAACAAUUUACACACAGUGUUUAUCUGAAGAUACGACUGAGGAGUUUCAUACUGCUGGGAUGUCUGUUGAUGAAGAACUUAAAAACAUUAAUGAGAGCCAACUGGUGACAUAUUCUUCAUCUGAAGGUAAUAAGGCUAAGACCUCAGCUGUUUUGCCCCCGGCUGAGAAUGUAAAUGUGUCUGAAACUUCAAUAGACGACCACAAGAACGAUAAUGAGCAAGAUCAUGAAAUGGCGCCCCCUGGAAACGACUCAUAUGUUGAGGCCACAAUUCAAGUCCAAAGCGAGGAAAUGGUUGAUGAGUCUGAAACACUUACACUUACUGAUGCGUGUGUGUCUAAUUCAGAAGCUACACCUACCGAUGAAAUUGCUAAAGGAAGUCACAUACUGAGUGGUGAACAGAUGCAAGAUGUCGCUGAGCUUAGUGUUGGGUAUGAGGAACAACAUGGGCUCUUAGUUGUCGAGGUAGGGGUUGCUGAGUUUGGACAUGUGCCAGUGUCAGCACCUAUUGAACCUGAAGAAGUCAUAAUGAAAGCAGACAAGACUAAUAGUCAGCUACACUCAUUUCCAUCUGUGGACGUGGGGCAAGCAGAGCAAGGUGUUCAAGAACUUCAAAGCCAAUCUAUGACUGAAGAUAUUCCAGAACAAGACUCAACUGUACCUGACAGUUCUCCCUCCACUGAAGCAAAAGAACAAAUCGAACACACUCUGCUGGAAACAGAAAUGUAUAUAAAAGAAGACGUCGCCGAGAUUUUACAAGAUGCUCUCUGUGAGGAUGGAGACGAAACCACAGAAGUAACAGGUGAACUGCAUUCAGAAAGGUCUGUUGAAGAAAGUGAAGAAAGCAAUGUUCAGGUACUGGAACAUAAGGUGAUAACUGAAGAUAGUCCAGUACUGGAGGAUUUGACCGAGAAACGCCUUGCAACACGAGAACGAGAACCUAAAGAAGUACCACAGCACACUUCAGUUGGAGAAGAUGAAUUGGAAGAAGUAAUGUCUAAUCCCAUGACAUCUGUGAUUCAUAAUGAUACCAAUAAUCAGGCAGUUGAAAAACAGGUUAUAACUGAAGACAAUGCAGAGUUCCAAGCAGAAAAUGCCCUUCCUUCAUCAACAAGUGAAGUGGAAAAGAAGGCUGCGGCAGUAUCUGAGCAAGGCUUGGCAGAGAGAGAGCAUAUUUACAGAGCAAAUGACCCUUGUGAAGAACCCAGGGAAGUGUUAGGUCAUGAAGAUGGCCAACCUACUGAAGUGCCAGAUCAAUUGGAAACAUUGACUUCACAAUUUGUGGCCUCUAUAAUUUCUGAUGUGAGUGUUGUUCAAUUACUUGAAAAACAGUUAAUAACUGAAGACAUUGCAGAGUCCCAAGCAGAAGAGGCCAAGACGAAAGUUGAAAAGGAGGCUACAAUUGUUACUGAGCAAGGUUUUGUAGAGAAAGAGCUUGUUUCUAGAGAGAAGGACCCUUGCGAUGCAACCAGACAAGUUCUAAUUCAAGAAGAUGGCAUACUAACUGAAGUGACUGAUGAAUUAAAAACAUCACAGUCUGUCCAUUUGGGCACUCUGAACUCUGAAGCCAGAAAUGUUGCGAUCCAUCAACAGCUAAUUACAUCAGAAGACAUCAUAGGAUCCCUCACAGAAAAUGCAUGCACCUCGAUUACAGGUGCAGAUGAGAAAGAAAACGCAACGCAGUCAAAGCAAUCAUUGUUGUCUAAAGGGCAUUUAACUGUCGAAAGUGUCGUUAGUGAGGAACUUCUCGCAAUUUCAAUUACAGAUUAUGUCCAGGUCGCUGAUGUUACUAAGGAGUUGAAACCAAUAACAUCUACUCAUGAAGCCUCUGUGGAUUCUAAUACUGCCAUCGUUGAGGUUCUUGAAAAGCAAGUAUCUGAAGACAUCCCAGAACAAGAUAGAGCCUCUGCCUCUGUGACAGAUAAAGUUGAGAAUGAAACAGGGAUAGAGCGAUUUCUUCUGGAAAAACCACCAACAAUGGCUUACGAUGACCCCAAUGAAAUUCCCCAACAGAGUGUUGCUAAAGAAGAGGCUGAAGUAGUUAAUGUGUCAACAGAGGUUGAAGCUCCACCUGCUGUUCAAAUUGCCCCUCUGAAUCCACUGUUUAGUAUUGUUGAGGGUAUUGAAAAGGAAGUUACAUCUCAAAACCUAUUAUCUAAUGCAGAAAAUGCCGACCCCGUCAUUACAUUUGAAGAUGAGAAAGCAACUGUAACUCAACCAGAGCAAUCAUUGUUUGAAAAAGAGCUUUCGACUGUAGAAAGCGACCUUAGUGAGGAACCACAGAAAGGUUCAGUUACAGAAGAUUUCCAGGUUGCUGAAUUUACAAAGGAAUUGCAAGCAACAACAUCUGUUUAUUUAGCUUCUGUGGACUCUAAUGCUGGUAUCGUUGAAGUUCAUGAAAAGCAAGGUGUAUCUGAAGACCUCGAGUUCAAUGCAGUUAAUUUCAGCACCCUGAUACAAGUUGAAGAUGAGAAAGAAACUGUAACUCAAUCAGCGAAAUCGCUGUUGUUAAAAGAGCAUGUAAUUAUGGAAAGUGACGUUAGUGAGGAACCGCAGCACAUUUCAGUCACAGAUGAUACCCAGGUCGCUGAAGUCACAAAGGAAUUGGAUCCACCGGCACAUAUUCAUUUAGCUUCUGUUGACUCUAAUGCUGGUAUUGUUGAGGUUCUUGGAAAUAAAGAUCUAUCUGGAGACAUCCUAGUACCCGAAGGACCCUUGGUCUCCAUGACAGCUGAAGUUGAGAAGGAAACUAGGGUACUAACAGAGGAAGCUCUUGUGGUUGAACAACUUCCAACCAUGGACUAUGACCCCAAUGAAAUUCCCCAACAGAGUGUUGCUAAAGAAGAGGCUGAAGUAGUUAAUGUGUCAACAGAGGUUGAAGCUCCACCUGCUGUUCAAAUUGCCCCUCUGAAUCCACUAUUUAGUAUUGUUGAGGGUAUUGAAAAGCAAGUUACAUCUCAAAACCUAUUAUCUAAUGCAGAAAAUGCCGACCCCGUCAUUACAUUUGAAGAUGAGAAAGCAACUGUAACUCAACCAGAGCAAUCAUUUUUGGAAAAAGAGCUUUCGACGGUAGAAAGCGACCUUAGUGAGGAACCACAGCAAAGUUCAGUUACAGAAGAUUUCCAGGUUGCUGAAUUUACAAAGGAAUUGCAAGCAACAACAUUUGUUUAUUUAGCUUCUGUGGACUCUAAUGCUGGUAUCGUUGAAGUUCAUGAAAAGCAAGGUGUAUCUGAAGACCUUGAGUUCAAUGCAGUUAAUGCCAGCACCCUGAUACAAGUUGAAGAUGAGAAAGAAACUGUAACUCAAUCAGCGAAAUCGCUGUUGUUAAAAGAGCAUGUAAUUGUGGAAAGUGACGUUAGUGAGGAACCGCAGCACAUUUCAGUCACAGAUGAUACCCAGGUCGCUGAAGUCACAAAGGAAUUGGAUCCACCGGCACUUAUUCAUUUAGCUUCUGUUGACUCUAAUGCUGGUAUUGUUGAGGUUCUUGGAAAUAAAGAUCUAUCUGGAGACAUCCUAGUACCCGAAGGACCCUUGGUCUCCAUGACAGCUGAAGUUGAGAAGGAAACUGGGGUACUAACAGAGGAAGCUCUUGUGGUUGAACAGCUUCCAACCAUGGACUAUGACCCCAAUGAAAUUCCCCAACAGAGUGUGGUAAAAGAAGAUGAUGAAGUAGUUAAGGUGUUAAUAGAGUCUGAUGCUCCACCUACUCUUCAUACAGCCCCUCUGAUUUCAGAGUCCAGUGUUGUUCUGAUUAUUGUAGAGCAAGUUACAUUUGAUGACCUAGGAUCUAAUGCAGAGAAUGCCCAACCCGUCAGUACAGUUGAAGAAGAUAAAGAAAGUGUAACUCAACCAGAGCGAUGUUUGUUAGAAAAAGAGCUGGUAACUGUAGAAAGUGAUUUUAUUGAGGAAGCACAGCACAUUUCAGUUACAGAUGUUGUUCAAAUCGCUGACAUUACUAAGGAAUUGGAAGCAUCAACAUCUAUUGAUGUAGUUUCUGUGGACUAUAAUGCUGGUAUCGUUGAAGUUCUUGAACAGCGAGGUGUAUCUAAAAAUCUCGAAUCUAACGCAGAAAAUGCCAGCACCCUGAUACAAGUUGAAGAUGAGAAAGAAACUGUAAUUCAAUCAGCGCAAUCACUGUUGGAAAAAGAGCUUGUAAUUGUGGAAAGUGACCGUAGUGAGGAACCGCAGCACAUUUCAGUCAAAGAUGAUGUCCAGGUUUCUGAAGUCACAAAGGAAUUGGAUCCACAAACACAUAUUAAUUUAGCUUCUGCUGGUAUUGUUGAGGUUCUAGAAAAUAAAGUUCAAUCUGGAGAAAUCCCAGUACAUGAAGGAUCCUCUGUCUCAGUGACCGCUGAAGUUGAGAAUGAAACUGGGGUACUGACAGAGGAAGCUCAAAUGGUUGAACAGCUUCCAACCAAGGAUUAUGACCCUAAUGAAAUUCCCCAACAGAGUGUGGUAAAGGAAAAUGAUGAAGUUCAGGUGUCAACAGAGUUUGAGGUUCCACCUACUCUUCAUCCAGCACCUCUGAUUUCAGAGUCCAGUAUUGUUGAGAUUUUUGAAGAGCAAGUUACAUUUGAAGACCUAGGAUCUAAUGCAGAGGAUGCCCAACCCAUCAGUUCAGUUGAGGAAGACAAAGAAACUGUAACUCAACCAGAGCGAUGUUUGUUGGAAAAAGAGCUUGUGGUUGUAGAAAGCGAUCUUAUUGUGGAACCACAGCACAUUUCAUUCACAGAUGUUCUUCAGAUCGCUGACAUUACUAAGGAAUUGGAAGCAUCAACAACUAUUGAUGAAGAUUCUGUGGACUUUAAUGCUGGUAUCGUUGAGGUUCUUGAAAAGCAGGAUAUAUCUGAAGACAUCCUAGUUCACGAUGUAGCCUCAGUGACAGCUGAAAUUGAGAAUGAAACUGAGAUAUUGCAGCAAGCUCUUGUGGUUAAAACGGUUUCAAACUUGGAUUAUGACCCUAAUGAAAUUCCCCAACAGAAUGUGUUAAAAGAUGGGGAAGUAGCUAAGCUGUCAGAGUUUGAAGCUCCAUCUCAUGUACAAAUUACCCCUCUGACUUCGGAUUCCAGUAUUGUUGAGGUUAUUGAAAAGCAAGUUACUGAAGAGCUAGGAUCUGAUGCAGAGAAAGCCAACACCUUGAUUACAGUGGAAAAUGCUAAAGUAAUUUAUUCAGAGCAAUCAUUGUUGGUAAAAGAGCCUGUUUCUAUAGAAAGCAACCUCAAUGAAGAACCACAGCACAUUUCAGUUACAGAUGUCCAGGUCACUGAAGUCACAAAGGAACUGGAAGCAUCGACAUUUGAUCAGGUAGCUUUGCUGGAUUCCAAUGCUGAUAUUGUUGAAAUUCUUGAAAAGCAAGUUGUAUCUCAAAACAUCCCAGUCCCCAAUGGAGCCUCUGUCUCAGUGACAGCUGUAGUUGAAAAUAAAACUGAGGUACUGCUACAAGUGGUUGGGGGUAAUGCGCUUCCAACCGGGAACGAUGACCCUCAUGAAAGUCCCCAGCAGAGAGUCGUAGAACAAGAUUGUAAAGUUGUUCAAACAGAGUUUGAAGCUCCACCUACUGUACAAAUAGCCCCUCUGGUUUUGGGGUCCAGUAUGGUUGAGGUUAUUGGAAAGCAAGUUCUAUCUGACAUCCCAGUAACUAAUGGAGAAAAUGCCUCUGCUUCUACAACAGCUGAAGCUGGAGAGGAAGCAGAAGUACUGAUAGCACAAGAGCUCAUUAAGAAAGUGCUCAGAACUGUAGUUGGAGACCCUGAUGAAAUUCCCAGACAGUGUGCUGUCAAAAAUGAACAUGAGUUUGCAGACAUUGCAAAAUUAUUGGAUGGAUCAACAGAAGUUCACAUAGACUCUAUCAACUCAGACACAAGUGUACCCCAAGCGCUUCAGGAACAUGUUCUAUCUGAAGUUAUCCCUACUCCAGACACAGACAAUGGUUCUGUUAACUCUGUAACAGAAGUUGCCGAGAUGUUGGAGGCCCCAACGGCAGUGAAAUUGGUGUUGAUUAACCGGGAGACAAUUCUACCCGAAGUAUUUGAAAAACAACAAGUACAAGACUAUGUGGCCUUAGUAGUGCCUGAACCUAGCCAUGAAGUGGUCUCUAAUGCAGUAAAUGAUGAGGGUGAUAUCGAUAAACUUGCUGGGGCUGAAGAAAAUGCAGAAAUGGUUGAGGAUGUUGCAGCAAUGCAGGAUGAAGAUGGUGCUGCAAUGCAAGCAUGCGGCGUCCAAACCUCAAUGGAUCAUGACGCCAACAGAGAAACACCAAACAUUAGGGAACCUUUGUUAGAUGUCAUGGCAACUGAAGAAGAGCCCCAGGACACUGUAGAGCAUGUCAGGGUCCUGGAACCAUGUGUGGAGGAGGGCAUGAUAGAGAUGGCCAAAAAAAGCAAGGGAGAUGUUGAGGUCAAAUCAGCUGAGGAGAUGGGAGUCACAGAUGCCAAAGAGGGCAUGGACAUUGGCUGUAUAGUUCAAAAUGAAGUACAGAAUGUCUACACCUCCCUGGCGACAGAGGAGGAGAUGCUUGAUAAGAUGGAUAAUGUCACCGCAAAGGAGGUAGAUCAACAGAAAAACCAGACAGAAGUGUCUGACAAAGUGGCAAAGGAGGAGUCUUGUUUGAAGGAAGAGCCUGGGUCUGCAGUACAAGUUAUUGUCACUCCACCAACUGAUGAACAAAAAGGAACAGAAAUUAUCAAAAGUGAACCAACUGAAUUAGAGGCUCAAAAAUUAACAAAAAAGGAGUCUGAUGCAUCGAUCGAAAGAACAGCACCAGAAGUUCUAUCUGAAACUGAAAUUGGAAAUGAAGAGGAAACCGCCUCAAAUAUAGUUUUUGCGACUACAGACAAUGUCGCCAUAUAUAAACUCAAACCAGAUCUGGAUGAAACUGAAGUUGAAUUAAAAAAGGAAUCAGACAAGAAUGUCAUAGAAGAGGAUUCAUCGUGUUCCCCAGAGCUAUUAGCUGCAAUUGAAACGAUUGAGGCCAAACAGGCAAUAGUAGUACCUCAAAUAAUAACCUCAUCUGAGAAAGUGCAACCAACUUCAGAAAUGGGGGUGGAAGAAAUUCAGGCAACAGAAAAUGUUGAAUCCAACAUACAAAUGGAGGUAACUGAACUUGAAAAAGAAAAAGAAGAUCCAACUAUUAAAAUUGAAGUGACAGAACUUCAAGGAUUGGAGAAAAUAGAACCUAACAUUCAAAAGGAGGUAAAAGAAUUAGGAACCGAACAGAAACGCCAGAUCCAGGUGUCUGAGGUCAAUGUGAAUGUGGCACCCAAAAUACAAAUGGAGGGAACAGAGUUUCCAGUGACAGAGGAAGCUGAACAAAACAUUAAAAUUGCGCUGACCAACAUAAAGGUCACCGUUAAAGUUGUUGUCCAAGCAAUAGAGGCAAUAGAUCUUGAGAAAACUAAAGUUGAUGCACAUCUCAUAGAUGAUUCAUCAUUUUCACCACAGGAAGUAGCUGUGAAGGAAAUUAUGGAUGCAAAACAGGAGCAAACUCACCCUUGUGAGAUGGUUACACCAAGUCAGGAAGGAGAACCAACUAUCAAAAAUGAAGAGGCAACAGAAAUUCAGCUAACAGAGAAAGUAGAACCCAAGAUACAAAUGGAGGCAACGGAACUUCAAGGGAAAAAGAAAGUGGAACCAAACAUUCAAAUAGCGUUCACAGAAAUGAAAGACCCCUUAACACAGCGUGAACGACCUGAGGUUGGUGUCCAAGCAGAAGAGGCAAUAGAAAAAGCGAGAACAAUCCAAAUGGCAGAAGUACCCGAGAGACUACAGGAGGCAUGCGUAUCUGAGGUUUCAGUAACUCGGGUGUUAGAAGUCACAGGACUGGUUCAAGAAUUAGAUUCAACGAGGGAGAUGAUUCAGGUGGAACCAGUGGCACUACAAGUUGGCUUAGAGCAAGUCGUGUUCCUGAGUCAAACGGGGCCAGCUCACUUUGCUGAGGAACCUUUAGAAACGAAACAGCAACGCUUAGUGCACGUUGAACAAGCGGAGAGAACGGUGCCAUCAAGUCCGCCGGUUCAGCCUGAGGUUGUUGUCGAGUCAGCAGAACCUGUCUCCCAAUGGGAAGGGGAACUGGAGCAGGACGUCUGGUUAGAUGCAGAGGAGGACAUUGGCAAGCAAGAAGGUGCAGAGAAGACUGGGAAUGAACCCCAAGAGUCUGUGCAAAGUCAAUUGGAAGUAUCUCAGCCCGAAGACCAAGAAGAAGUGUUCCUGGAUACAACUGGGCAUGCUCACAUUGAGGAAGAAAGUAGCUCAGAAGAAAUACAAGCAAUAGGAGAAAUACAUGAAUUAGAGAGAGAAGGGGAAGACUUUGCUAUUGCCCUGGAGGAUCCACAAAGUUUGAUUUGCAAGGAGCUGGACUAAUUCCUCCGAACUCCAAAAUCAAGAAAGGGUGGAACUGCGUGGAAGUUGAAGGCUGUUGACAAAGGAGAAGAACAAGGAAAGGAAAACCGCCGGAAUGGAACUUUUAGAUUGAACAUUUUCAAUCUAAUUGUCCGAUAUACUGUUUUGGGGUACAUUUAGAAUUAUUUAUUUGCAUAUUAAUUUAAUUAAUAUAUUCAGCUCUUGCUGUAGAGACAGCUUGUAAACUCAAAGCUCGGAAAACCCUCAGCAUCAUUCACACAGUACAGGCACCUACAUUCUUAUACUGCAUACUAGAAUUAUUUUACUGGGUGCAUUUUUAUUUAUAACAGCCUGUGCUUUUAUAGGUAAAACAUUUUAAUUUGCGGUUUUACAGUCACUUUGCAAUAAAUCUUUUGUAAUAAUAGGUGGUCCAAAUGAAUGUGAAAUGGUUUUAAAAACAGAAACAAUGCAAUCAAUAUGAAAACAAUCAAACUAUAUAAAAAGCUAAAGUCUGUAUAACAGCCAUUAUAUUUUGAUAUGAGAAGGAUCUAUACAAGUGAAGCCAAAUAGAAGUGGUAAGUCAAGGCAAUAAGUAAGUAACUACUCCCAACUAGAUAAACGUAUCCAGGACAACGGUUUCUUGACCAUACUGAUGCAACUGCAUUAACUUUGUACUUAGAUGUUUUUAAAUUUAGACAUUUUGAUAUGAGCGCAAGAUUGCCAGACUGCUCUAUAUGUAUUACCACAAAUUUGUUUAAAUUGCACUGAGCUAAGAUCGCAUAUAUAUAUAUAUAAAUAUAUAUAUAUAUAUUACUAAAGCAAUAUACUACUACAGUAAUAUAUAACACUUAUCCACAGCGCCUUAACUGUAUUCUACCCAUUCAUGGCACCUUGGCCACCAGUGGCUAAUUUUCAGUAAAGGCAGCUGGUGAUGAGAGAGCUGAAGAAUGAGACAGGAAAUGUGCUUGUAAGAGCAAACUGUAUGUUGCGUAACCAAUAUAUUUAACCUACCUUCCAAUCAGAUUACACAAAAACGAAUGUUUUAAAUAAAAUUACAUGUUUCCAUAUGCACCAGUAUAUUUACAAAUGUGGUCAAAAUGCAACUGCGAUGAUAUUCUAUUUCAAUAAAUGUCUGAAGAAUUUGAAGCUUUCUCUU